AUGGAAGAAGAAGAAGAAGAAGAUCAGGAAGAAGAAGACAUGUUCGAAGACGCCGUGUGUACCACGCCAGCCAGAGUCAACACGCCUUUGUCCGUAAUCACAGAGGCCUUCGAAGAUCUUGCGGAUCUUCUGAAACCGCAACGAUCUGAUGAGAUCGAAGAAGACGAAGACGGAUUAAGGCUUGAUGAUUUCUGCAGUGCGUGUACUCAUGUCUCUGUUCUCUUCAAUUGUCUUGGAUUCGCUUUCAAAUUUGCGGAAAUGGAGUACAUCGCUAAGGUUAAGGAUUUGGUGGAAGCGUCGAAAACGUUCGACACGUUACAGAACAUUCUUGAUCUAGAUGUGGAGAAAGAAACUGUUAAAACACCGGGAAGCCAUUCGCGUAACCUAAGACGUGUUAGACAAGGUUUAGAUCUGAUCCGAGCCAUCUUUGAACAAUUCUUGAUCGCUGAUGACUAUUCCUUGAAAGACGCUGCGACCACGGCUUACACCGAAGUGUGCGCACCGUUCCAUACGUGGGCCGUUAGAACCGCGGUUUACGCCGGAAUGUAUACACUUCCGACGAGGGAUCAACUUCUCUUACGGCUCAAUGAAACUGAUCAAUCGGUUGAGAAGAACAUGAGGAGGUACAUGGAAGCAUCGCGACCUAUCAUAGAAUAUAUUGACAAGCUUUACAUUGAAAGGAACAUUAAACUCGAUUGGUAAAAUUUGUGUUCUACAUUAAGACAAAUUAAAAAAAGUUGUCCUUG